AUGGCGUCGUGUGUGGCGGCUGGGGUGGCCGCCGAGGAAACGCGGUUUGGGACGACGUGUGAGGUGAGGAAGCGGCACCGACACGGCAGAGCCGUCCCGUCCUCCGUACCGGUGACUGGGGAAUGGCGAGGAAGGCCUGCAGCCCGCAGCAGCCAUCCCUGGCGCGGGGUCAGAGCAGCUCUGCCGCCUUCCGCAGCCUCUGCCCACGAGCUGUCCCCGGGGUCUCCGCCACAGCGCAGCCGACAAAGACCGCUCCUCGUUCUCGUGGAGCCACGUCGGGCUUCUGAUCCAGCUGACAAGACUUCAUUUUAUGGCAGAUUCAGGCACUUCCUGGACAUCAUUGAUCCACGCACUCUCUUUGUUACUGAGAGUCGUCUGAAGGAAGCCGUGCAGUUGUUGGAGGAUUACAAACAUGGGACUUUGCCCCCGGGAGUCACCAACAAAGAGCUGUGGGGAGCUCAAAAAAUAAAGCAGGCCAUCAUCCACCCCGACACAAACGAGACCAUCUUCAUGCCUUUCCGAAUGUCAGGUUACAUUCCCUUUGGAACACCCAUCGUUGUUGGUCUUCUCUUGCCCAACCAGACGCUGGCAUCCACGGUGUUUUGGCAGUGGUUGAAUCAGAGCCACAACGCCUGCGUCAACUAUGCAAACCGCAACGCGACAAAGCCUUCUCCGACAUCCAAGUUCAUCCAGGGCUACUUGGGAGCUGUCAUAAGUGCUGUCUCAAUAGCAGUGGGCCUUAAUGUUCUGGUUCAGAGAGCAAACAAGUUUACCCCCGCCACUCGUCUCUUGAUCCAGAGGUUUGUGCCGUUUCCUGCUGUCGCUAGUGCCAAUAUCUGCAACGUUGUCCUGAUGAGGCACACGGAGCUGGAAGAAGGAAUUGAUGUUUUGGACAGUAACGGAAACAUCGUCGGGUCUUCCAGAAUUGCUGCAAAACACGCACUGCUAGAAACGGCCCUGACUAGAGUGGUCCUGCCAAUGCCUAUACUGGUUCUACCUCCAAUUAUUAUGUCCAUACUGGAAAAAACAUCAUUCCUGAGGUCCCGUCCCCGGAUGAUUCUCCCAGUCCAAAGCCUUGUGUGCCUCGCUGCCUUUGGCCUGGCCCUCCCCUUGGCCAUCAGUCUCUUCCCGCAGAUGUCCGAGGGGGAAGAGGAGCGUCCUCAAGCCACACCAGCUCGCAGGUGUUGCGACGGGCUGUAGCUAGCGCUGGCCACGUUUCUGGAUGAGUUUGGAGAUGCACCUUGGCUGUGUCCCCAGGGAGGAUCGGGAUCCCUGCAUCUAUAGCAAAGCUUCCAGUAGCCUCAAAGGGGGUUGAAGCAAUUCCUCUUUCUCCCGCUGCCUCGUUCUAGUGUCUCCCGACCUGGUAUGUCAGGAUACUGAGUGGUCGAUGCUGCACUGACGCUCAUGGAGCCAUCACCCUGAAAGCCCUUUCCCCUCCUCAACCCCUUGAACCUUGUAGCACUCUCUAGGAGUGGUGCUUAUACACCAUGCUUCCCUGAGUGCUGGUUGUGACCUUGUGUGCCUCCUGGACUUCUCUGCUGGAUUCAUUGUUGAAGACCCUUUUCUGGUAGGCAACUCAGCGCUAUCGUCCUGGAGCCGGGAAGGGGAUCCAUCCUUUGCCCCAGCACAAGUAGAUCUACCCCAUCAGGAGCAAGAGGAUGAACACAAUUCAAACCCGGUCCCAUGGUGGGCACUCAGUUUGGAAGGACAAAGUCGCCCCAUAUGGGGUGGGGCAGGUCCCAUCAGCAUAGUCCCAAUGGAUAGAACCUGUUCCUCAGAGCACCCUCUAUGGCAGGCGUUCCCUGUUAGAGGGGUUCCUGGCCUGACCAUGACCAAGAAAGACCCUUCUGGGGCAUUUUCUUUGAAGCUGAGACACAAGAAACUUGACAAGAAACUCUGUGGCCUCCAGAUCCGUUGCACGAUGCUGUGUCCGGUGAACGGCUGGCCGAGCAGAUCCAGGAUGCUGAACAGCUAGAGUAGCAGUCUACACCAAAAUAGGUGAACUUACACUUUCCAACAAAAAACCCUGAGACUUUCAGAGAAUGAACUGAUACACAAUCAGGUUGUAUCUUAACGUUGUCUUAAUAUCUGUAGCCCACCACCCAAAUGCUUUUCCCUGUUCUGCAUUUGCUUUCCCAGUGAGAGGAGUAAGCUAUCCCUGAUGCAUUUCUGAACGGCUUUGCCAGUGCUGCUGUGGAGUACGUCCCUCCCGUACCUGCCUCCUUGGUGUGGAUGCAGCCCUUGGAGCUCCUGUAGCUGAGGCUCGAGAGCAGUUUUUAGUAGCUAUCAUCUGCUUUAUUAAAGUCAACCAGAAGGGAAUCUGCAGAGAUUGCUCCAGUUCAACCAGUCACUCCCCAGCAAAUUGAUUUCACAUCUUCCCAAACUUCAGAAAGGGGCUUAAGUGAGCUCAGUAAUACCCAGCUCUCUUCUGUCUCCUUCCACCAAGACAAGUUUAAUUCCGCUUAAACUGUUCUUGAUGGGUUUCAUCUAAUUUGUGCCGAAAACUUCCCACCACAGAGACACCACGCCUUCCCCAAGCAUUGGAUUGCAACACUCUGCUGCUUCCCACUAGGAUACUCAUCCUGCUGUUCAGCUUGGAUCCUACUCACUGCUUUUUGACUUGUGUCCCAAGAGAGCGUGAACAAAGCAUUACUCCUUUCUUCUGUGCCAUAGCCCCUUGCGCAUGCAAAUACCACCGUGCCGCCUUUGAACUUCUCUCUUCUAGACUCAGCGCAUCCAAGUCCUCAACGUUUCCCCAUAGCUCUUGCCUUCAGACCGCUAAUCUGGGGUCCACCGAGGUAGACGUGGCUUUCCUUGGAGCUCCCACCUCUCCAGCCCCCAUUGGAGAGGAAGGGACUGUUGGUGGCUCUCUGUCAGCUUUCUGCUGAGACGUCCCAGUAGUAGGUUGGGUUUUGCUCUCUCUCCGAGCUGCCCCACAUCCCCAAGCCCUACUGACACCAGCAUAGACGGUCAGGGUUGGACCACCCAAUUCCAGGUCAUUUCAAAGCACUUCCCACCUUGAUAUUUUCAUAGCAGUGGGUGAAACCAGCCUCGGAGCUUUUCUUUCUGUCUCUGGAAGAAAAAUAAGAAAACAAUAGGAAGAAAAGCUGCGUCAGAGCCAGGCAGAUCGGAGUUAAUCCUCCCUCAAAAUGGAUCCCGUCAGUGCCGGUGUACGUGAGAAUCGCCUCCCCUGCACCUUUGGUGGGUACUCUCCCCGGCACAAUGCUUCACUUUGUGUUUCAGCACAGAAAGAAAUGGUGAAGUUGCUAAUAAUGGCACUAAAAGAAAAUAUGCUACAUCUGUUAUGGAUAGCAGUACAAAAUUAGCUGAUCACACCUCUGACACCCAAGAUGUCUUCACUUAAAAUACUCGUUGGCUUACUUUACAUAAUUUGCUGAUUAUAUUUAAAAGAAAUACAAUUUUGCAAUUACUGUUCUUUCUGGUGUGCUAUCUAUGCAUCAUUUUCUUUUUAUGUUUAUAUAUUUCUCCUUCAUUAGUGCAGUCUGAAGGGUGAUUAGAUCCCUUCAAACAUUUUACAGAGGUUAAACGUUGAUUAAGAUUUAAUUAUUACUGUAAAUAGCUUGGAAUGACAUAUGGUGCAAAAACCUGACAUAUGUGCAUUUGAAUAAAUGAAGUGCUAUUUCCCAUGAUGCUCCAGUAGCUGUUUAACAGCUUUGCUGAAGGGUUAUGUUGCACCUCAUGUUAAGAUUGCUUUGAUGUUAUAUUUUGUUGGGUUUUUGCAGCUGAAAGCUAAGAACAGUUUUUCCAGUUUUUAAAAACAUUGAAUAUUUUAAAUACCUAAAUUGUUUUGCACAAAUUUUUGCUAAUUUGUCUAACUAGGUUAAACAUUUUCAAAAGCAUUUCGAUUUUAACAUGGGUUCCUAGCAUUGUGUCAGCAACAGCAUCAAUUCAAUGUAUAGGAUUUCUAAAAGUCUGGUCUUGCAAAGUGUCCUGUCACAGUUGGGAGCGGGAUCUUUGCUUGCUGCAGGAACCGGGAGCACCGCGGAUCCCUCCCAGGGACGCAGAGGUUCGGAGUGAUUUCAGAGCAAGGGAGAACUUUGUGCAAAGCCGGUGAAAGGAAAAAAUUAGGAAAGGGCUGGAGAUUUUAUGGCGACAGAGAAAGGGGUAGGUAGAUUUUAGCUGUGAUCCAUCCUCGUCGGAGGACAUAGAGCCCUGGUCCAGGAGACAAAUGAGUUUUGUCCCCUUGUGUCACCAGGCAGCCCGUGGCUUUGCCGCGUCCCAGCUUCGGGGACUGGAUUCCUUCUAGCACCAUGCGAGGGGACCUUGGCUGUGCGAAAAGGAGGGGAUGUCUCCUGGAAAAUGAUGGGUGGGAUCCGUUUGAUUCUCAGAGACACUCUAUAAUUCAUCGAAUGUUGCAAGGCAGCGAGCAUGCCUCAUUUCACGUAAUAUAAGUCAAUCCAGACAGGGUUGUUUUGAGACUUGAGCAGAAUAAAGCACAUUAAAAUGACACGGAAAAGACAUGAUUGACGUUGUA